GAGCCCCAGCCGCUGCCCAGCUUGGCCCGCGUGGCCGCGCCCAGGGACCCGGCCUGACCUGACCUGACCGCGGAGGCGGUGAGGACUGCAGGAGCGGAGGGCAUCCUGAGAUGAGCAGCGGCGGCCGGGCCACCGCCUAUUUCCUCAGGACACCGCCCUUCUCUCGGAGAGGAGCUUAAAGGAGGGCAGGAGAGCUGUCACACACGCUUAAAAUCUUAAAGCCAUGUCCAAGGACUUGGUGACAUUUGGGGAUGUGUCUGUGAACUUCACCCAAGCGGAGUGGGAAUGUCUGAACCCCGCGCAGAGGAGCCUGUACAGGGGGGUGAUGCUGGACAACUACAGGAUCCUGGUGUCCCUGGCAGGAAUUUCUGUUUGUAAGCCCGAUGUGAUCACACUACUGGAACAAGGAAAAGAACCCUGGAGGUCACGGAAGAAGGGGUCCAAGGGCGCAAGCCAUGAUUGGGAGUAUGUAUUUAAGACCAGUGAAUUUUCAUCAAAGCAAGACAUCUAUGAAGAAUCCACUAAGGUAGUCACAGUGGGAAGGAGCCACCUUCAGCACAGCCUGGAUUGUCUCAAUUUGAAAGAAGACUGUGAAAGUCAGGACUUGUUUGAAGACAAGCUGGGGAACCAGCAGGUACACCUUAGUCACUUGAUGGUCACUCAUAAAGACAUCCUCCCUGAAGACAGGAGUACAGGGUGUCAUCCACCUUGGCAAGCAUUCCGUCAGGGUGCAGUUCCAGACACUCAACAGCACUUCCCCAGGAAACAAAGAGUACACAAGCAGGAGCCAAGAGAGAGAAGUUCUCAGAAAAGGUCUAGUGACAGGAAGCUUAAAAAAGUCUGCGUGGAACAGAGACUUUUGAAGUGUACCGAGUGUGACAAAGUCUUCAACCAGAGCUCCUCGCUCACACUGCACCAGAGAAUCCACACCGGAGAGAAGCCCUACGCAUGUGUUGAAUGUGGAAAAUCCUUCAGCCAAAGUGCAAACCUGGCACAGCACAAGAGAACACACACGGGGGAGAAGCCCUAUGAGUGUAAAGAGUGUAGGAAGGCCUUCAGCCAGAAUGCACACCUUGCUCAACACCAGAGAGUUCAUACUGGAGAAAAGCCUUACCAGUGCAUUGAGUGUAAAAAGGCCUUCAGCCAGGUUGCACACCUAACUCAACAUCAGCGGGUCCACACUGGAGAGAGGCCAUUCGAAUGCACUGAAUGCGGAAAGGCCUUUAGUAACGGCUCAUUUCUCGCUCAGCACCAGCGAAUUCAUACAGGAGAGAAACCAUUUGUGUGUAAUGUGUGUGCAAAAGCCUUCAGCCAUCGUGGAUACCUAAUUGUGCAUCAAAGAAUUCAUACUGGGGAGAGACCAUACGAGUGUAAGGAAUGUCAGAAAUCUUUCAGUCAGUAUGCACACUUGGCCCAGCAUCACAGAGUUCACACUGGAGAGAAACCGUAUGAAUGCAAGGUAUGUAGGAAGGCCUUCAGCCAAGUCGCAUACCUUGAUCAACACCAGAGGGUCCACACUGGAGAGAAACCCUACGAAUGCACCCAGUGUGGGAAAGCCUUCAGCAACAGCUCAUCACUCACGCAACAUCAGAGAAGUCACACUGGAGAAAAACCUUUUAUGUGCAAGGAAUGUAGGAAAACAUUUAGCCAGAAUGCAGGUCUAGCUCAGCACCAGAGAAUCCACACUGGAGAGAAGCCAUACGAAUGCAAUGUGUGUGGGAAAGCCUUCAGCUACAGUGGCUCCCUGACCCUGCACCAAAGAAUCCACACAGGAGAAAAACCUUAUGAAUGCAAGGACUGCAGGAAAUCUUUCAGGCAGCGUGCACACCUUGCUCAUCAUGAGAAAAUUCAUAUGAUGGAGUCAUUCCUGACACUCUCCUCUCCUUCACCCUCCACAUCCAGCCAGUUGCCAAGAGCUGUAGGCUUUAUCUCGUAAACCUAUCUGGAAUCCCACUCAUUUGAUCCAUUUCAUCAUCCUUGUCCAACACACAUUCAUCUGUUCAACACACAAUGUGCAGGCAGCUUCAGAAUUGGUGUCCUUGCCUCUGUCAUCUGCCCACAUUUUAACUAAACUCAUCUUUUGGUUAUAUCAUUUCCCCCUCAUUAAAAUCCCUCACUUGACAACAAUAGUUCUUAGGAUGAAGCACAUAUCCUCAAAAUAGUCUGGAAGGCCUCCAUACCCACCAAAUACCUGGGUCUAUUUCCCAAAGACUUCGUGUCAUUUCCCAUCUCAUUGUCUAGAUAAUUACCCAGAAUCAAGAGUUUAUUUAGGCAUCCAAUAGACCUGAGUUCCAAUCCUUGCUCUACCAUUUUCUAGCCCUAAUUCUGGGGAAGCAUUUUGUCCUUUAGAAACCUUAGUCUUAUUUAUACUAUGGGAAAAGUAAUGGUACUACCUCAAAAGUUAAUGGGAAAAAUAAAAUAGUGCAUGUAAAUUACUCAGCAGAGUGCCUAGCAUAAAGUAACA